UAACGACCUUCUUUUCCGAGCGUAGUCAGGCGGCUGCGACGUGGGAUGGAGGCCUCGGCCCCCCGCCGGGCGUGGCGGGGCUGGCGGCGGCGGGCCCCGGCCUCGGGCUGCCCACUGUCCCGGGCCACCAUCCUCCUCUUCUCUGCCUUCCUGGUGCAGGCUCCCUCCUCAGAUGGAUAUUUGGUUCUAUUGCCAAGAGGUUUUCGCUUGACUCAGGAUCCUGUGAAAAUCGUAGGAUCUUCGCAUUUUCCAGUGCACGUCUACGUCAUGCUCCACCAGCGGAGUCCACACGUGCUGUGUGCAGACCAGCAGCUUCGCAACGCUGAGCUCAUAGACCCAUCCUUCCAGUGGCACGGGCCAAAGGGAAAAGUUGUUUCAGAAAACAGCACCGCACAAGUCACCUCCACGGGGAGCCUCGUGUUCCAGAACUUCGAGGAGACGAUGAGCGGGGUUUACACGUGUUUCCUGGAAUACAGACCUACCAUGGAGGAACCUAUCAAAAAUAUUCAACUGAAAUAUGUUGUGUAUGCCUACCGAGAGCCUCGUUACCACUACCAGUUCACGGCUCGAUACCAUGCAGCUCCUUGCAAUAGCAUCUACAAUAUUUCUUUUGAGAAGAAGCUUCUUCAGAUUUUAAGCAAGUUGGUUCUUGACCUUUCGUGUGAGGUCUCCUUACUUAAGUCUCAGUGCCAUCGUGUCAAGAUGCAAAAGGCUGGCCUGCAAAAUGAGCUGUUCUUUACGUUUUCAGUUUCAUCUCUAGACACUGAAAAAGGACCCAAAACUUGUAAAGGCCAUGACUGUGAAUAUUUCCGAAGACUAUCUAAGGCUAGGCAUCUCAUAGAGAGAUUUUUUAAUCAGCAAGUAGAAGCUCUGGGCCGGCGCGCGGAGCCGCUGCCUCAGAUAUACUACAUCGAAGGCACCCUCAGGAUGGUGUGGAUUAACCGCUGCUUCCCGGGCUACGGGAUGAACGUCCUGAAGCAUCCGCGCUGUCCCGAGUGCUGCGUGAUCUGCAGCCCCGGGUCUUACAACCCCCGCGAUGGAACCCACUGCCUUCAGUGUAACAGCAGCCUGGUGUAUGGAGCCAAAGCCUGCUUGUAGGCGCCGGCCGGAGGCCUUUGGUGGUUUAUUCAGUA